GGAGAGGAGCAGAGAGACGGAUGCACAAUAGAUGAGUAAAGGAGAGAGAACCAGAUAAAGAGAUAAGAUUCAGGCAGCAGGAGGUGAAUGUGUUUGACACAGAAAUGGAUACUGAGGAGAAUCUGCACAACGUUUUUCUGCUGCUGCUGUUUGGAUCUCUCUUCACUGUGGUGGGUCCUUCUACCCCUGAGGAGGGCUGGCAGGUGUACAGUUCAGCUCAGGACUCUGAAGGUCGAUGUGUUUGUACAGUUGUCGCUCCUCAGCAGACCGUCUGCUCCAGAGACGCCCGAACCAAACAGCUCAGACAGCUGCUUGAGAAGGUCCAGAAUAUGAGUCAGUCCAUUGAGGUUCUGGACCAGCGGACUCAGAGAGAUCUGCAGUUUGUAGAGAAAAUGGAAAUUCAGCUGAAGGGUCUGGAAAAUAAAUUCCAACAGGUGGAAGACGGACAUGAGAGCAACAUCGCCAGACAGUAUAAGUCCAUCAAAGCAAAGAUGGAGGAGUUGCGUCCUCUGAUCCCGGUCCUGGAGACCUACAAGGCGGAUGCUCUGCUGGUCCGACAGUUUAAGGAGGAGGCAGCGAAUGUAACAGAGCUGCUGGGUUCGCUGCAGGAACAGCUGGGAGGUCUGGACUACCAGGAGCUCCACAGCCGAGUGAUGAGCCUGGAGGACCGGUUGAGGUCCUGUAUGCAGAGGCUGGCCUGUGGGAAGCUGACAGGAAUCUCUGAGCCUAUCACCAUCAAGACGUCAGGGUCGAGGUUUGGAUCGUGGAUGACUGACCCAGUCGCUCCAGCUGGAGACAACAGAGUGUGGUACAUGGAUGGUUACCAUAAUAACCGCUUUGUUAGAGAGUAUCAGUCAAUGGAUGACUUCAUGACAACAGAUAACUUCACCUCUCACCGCCUGCCUCACCCCUGGUCCGGCACUGGUCAGGUAGUCUAUAAUGGAUCCAUUUACUUCAACAAAUUUCAGAGUCACACCAUCAUCAAGUUCGACUUCAGCACGUCGCUCAUCAGCCGCUCAAGACAGCUCGACUUCGCUGGCUACAACAACAUGUACCAUUACUCCUGGGGGGGGCACUCAGACAUCGACCUCAUGGUUGAUGAGGGGGGACUUUGGGCUGUCUACGCCACUAAUCAGAACGCUGGAAACAUCGUUCUCAGCCAGUUAAACCCAAAUACUCUGCAGAUCAUCCGCAGCUGGACCACCAACCACCCAAAACGCAGUGCCGGCGAGGCCUUCAUGAUCUGUGGAACACUGUACGUUACGAAUGGAUACUCUGGAGGGACCAAAGUGUACUACGCAUACUCCACCAAUUCAUCGACCUACGAGUAUAUCGAUAUUCCUCUGACUAAUAAAUACAGCCACCUGUCUAUGCUCGACUAUAAUCCCAGAGACAGAGCUCUGUACGCCUGGAACAACGGCCACCAAGUCCUUUAUAACGUCACACUCUACCACAUCAUACAGUAAGACUAAAAGUACCGGUCCUUUAUAACGUCACACUCUACCACAUCAUACAGUAAGACUAAAAGUACCGGUCCUUUAUAACGUCACACUCUACCACAUCGUACAGUCAGACUAAAAGUACCGGUCCUUUAUAACGUCACACUCUACCACAUCGUACAGUCAGACUAAAGGUACCGGUCCUUUAUAACGUCACACUCUACCACAUCGUACAGUCAGACUAAAGGUACCGGUCCUUUAUAACGUCACACUCUAGCACAUCAUACAGUCAGACUAAAGGUACCGGUCCUUUAUAACGUCACACUCUACCACAUCGUACAGUAAGACUAAAAGUACCGGUCCUUUAUAACGUCACACUCUACCACAUCGUACAGUCAGACUAAAAGUACCGGUCCUUUAUAACGUCACACUCUACCACAUCGUACAGUCAGACUAAAAGUACCGGUCCUUUAUAACGUCACACUCUAGCACAUCAUACAGUAAGACUAAAAGUACCGGUCCUUUAUAACGUCACACUCUACCACAUCGUACAGUAAGACUAAAGGUACCGGUCCUUUAUAACGUCACACUCUACCACAUCGUACAGUCAGACUAAAAGUACCGGUCCUUUAUAACGUCACACUCUACCACAUCGUACAGUCAGACUAAAAGUACCGGUCCUUUAUAACGUCACACUCUACCACAUCGUACAGUCAGACUAAAAGUACCGGUCCUUUAUAACGUCACACUCUACCACAUCGUACAGUCAGACUAAAAGUACCGGUCCUUUAUAACGUCACACUCUAGCACAUCGUACAGUAAGACUAAAAGUACCGGUCCUUUAUAACGUCACACUCUACCACAUCGUACAGUCAGACUAAAAGUACCGGUCCUUUAUAACGUCACACUCUAGCACAUCAUACAGUCAGACUAAAGGUACCGGUCCUUUAUAACGUCACACUCUAGCACAUCGUAAAGUAAGACUAAAGGUACCGGUCCUUUAUAACGUCACACUCUAGCACAUCGUACAGUCAGACUAAAAGUACCGGUCCUUUAUAACGUCACACUCUAGCACAUCGUACAGUCAGACUAAAAGUACCGGUCCUUUAUAACGUCACACUCUAGCACAUCGUACAGUCAGACUAAAAGUACCGGUCCUUUAUAACGUCACACUCUAGCACAUCGUACAGUCAGACUAAAAGUACCGGUCCUUUAUAACGUCACACUCUAGCACAUCGUACAGUCAGACUAAAGGUACCGGUCCUUUAUAACGUCACACUCUAGCACAUCGUAAAGUAAGACUAAAGGUACCGGUCCUUUAUAACGUCACACUCUACCACAUCGUACAGUCAGACUAAAGGUACCGGUCCUUUAUAACGUCACACUCUAGCACAUCGUAAAGUAAGACUAAAGGUACCGGUCCUUUAUAACGUCACACUCUAGCACAUCGUACAGUCAGACUAAAGGUACCGGUCCUUUAUAACGUCACACUCUAGCACAUCGUAAAGUAAGACUAAAGGUACCGGUCCUUUAUAACGUCACACUCUAGCACAUCGUAAAGUAAGACUAAAGGUACCGGUCCUUUAUAACGUCACACUCUAGCACAUCGUACAGUCAGACUAAAGGUACCGGUCCUUUAUAACGUCACACUCUAGCACAUCGUACAGUCAGACUAAAGGUACCGGUCCUUUAUAACGUCACACUCUAGCACAUCGUAAAGUAAGACUAAAGGUACCGGUCCUUUAUAACGUCACACUCUAGCACAUCGUAAAGUAAGACUAAAGGUACCGGUCCUUUAUAACGUCACACUCUAGCACAUCGUAAAGUAAGACUAAAGGUACCGGUCCUUUAUAACGUCACACUCUAGCACAUCGUAAAGUAAGACUAAAGGUACCGGUCCUUUAUAACGUCACACUCUAGCACAUCGUACAGU